CCUGCAGACGGUGGAAAAUGGCGGCUGUAAUCCAAGAGCUAGAUCCUCGCAAAUGCCCAGAAGCGAUAGAGGAGGUGGUGAGAUUGGAGAAGAAGAUUUUCCCGAAGCACGAAUCUCUGUCGGGUUCAUUUCACGAGGAAUUGAGGAAGAAGAACUGCGGAUUGAUUUAUGCUAAACUGGGAAAAGGUGAAGGCGGAGGACAAGAGGAGGUCGUUGGGUACGUUAUGUACUCCUGGGUCUCUUCUUUAUGCGCAUCCAUCGCCAAACUUGCAGUGAAGGAAAAUCACAGAAAGCAUGGUUAUGGAGAGGCUUUGCUGAGAGCUGCAAUUCAAAAAUGUAGAACGAGGAAAAUCCAACGGGUUUGCCUUCAUGUCGAUCCUACAAGAACUCCUGCGGUUUCCCUUUACAACAAGCUGGGUUUCCAAGUUGACGAACUCAUUGAAUGCUAUUAUUCUUCAGAUAGGAGUGCUUACAGAAUGUAUUUAGAUUUCGAUGAUUAGAAACAAACUUAAUAGUAACAAUUUCAUUUGGUGCCCAAAAUUGUUCAUUUUUUCUAAUUUUUCAUGUAGAUUACUGUUGUAUUUGUUGUUGGGGGUGUGGUUGGGGGUGUGCCUCUAGCAUUUUCCUAAUAUUUACUAGGCUUAAUUGCAUUUAAAUAGCCUGUAACUUCCCC